AUUAAAAUUAAUUGAAACAAAUUUAGAGUGUUUAUAAAUGGGAAACAAGAGAUCAUUACAUAGGAUGAAGAGAGUCCAUAAGAAGGCAAUAAGAGCCCAGGGCGAUUUCAAGAAAAGAGCAAUGAUGAAGAAGAGAGUUGCCAAAAUGACAGCCAAAAAUACAGCAGAAGAUUAUAAAGAAGAUGAAGAAAAGAAUUUUAAAGCAAGAAUCAGAUUACUUAAGAUCAUUAACGAAGAAGAUUAUAUUGAGAAAAUGCCUGAAUCAGCUUGGGAAAGAGUGAAACUUCUUCCAUAUGUUAUUAACAUCCCUAGCUCUUACUCAGAUUUCUGUGACGAAGUAAAGAACUUUAUUCCAGAAGAGGUAUGUGUAUACUUAAAGAGAAUGAGAGAUUACAACUCAAUCCUCGCUGAUUACUCACAAGAGCAGAGAGAAAGAGUAGAGAUCGAGUUAAAAGAGCAGUCUAAAGAUGCAAGAGAGUUACAGUUAAAUCUAAACAGGAAUUUGUUCAAAUUCAUGUUCAAGAAGUAUGACGAAAGUGUCAAAAAGUUAGAGUAUAACGAUAUGGAAAAUGGGAUUAACUAUAUCGAAGCUUAUUAUAAGAAUAUCUAUGAAAUGGCAGGAUUACUCCCAGAGACAUUCUUAGAUUAUAUCAAAAAUAAGCUAAAUGCAUAUACCAAAUUAAUAUCUGUUGUUCAAGACAAGAUUGAUAAAGGAGACACAGAAGAAUCAGCUGGAUUCCCAAAAGUUUUCCAAAAAGAUGUAUUUUUCUUCCUUAGAUUGUGAACAAAGGUUAUGGGGACAGAGAAAAACUUGAAGAUCAUGCAUACAAUUUUGCUUGUGAUUGGAAAUCUCUUGGAUAAAAUCAAUCCUGUUCUUAGUAAGAGUUACAGCGAUUGAACCUUCUUGCUCUGUACUUCAAGUUUGCUUUUGGAAGAGAUAGUAAAUAAAGAAAACAUUCAAGGAAAAUACUGCCCAUAUUUAGUCUCCUCAUGAGUAAAAAUUCUAAAGUUUAUCAAAGAGGUCUCUUUGCCUAAGGCAGACCCUGCUAGAAAAAUGAGCAUGUUGGAUCUAUUUCUCCAUUCAGAACUAGAUGCUACCUCAGUGAAGGCCUUUAUAAACUGAACAGCACUUCUAGUAAAGUCUCUAGACAAGUUCUACAGAUGGUCUGAGUACAGAGAUUACAUCCUAGAUCUUCCAGACGUAAUUGCUGUUACAGAGUCUAUUAAGUUUGGAAAAUAUGUCGAUGAGAGUUUGCAUCCAAUUCUGAGUCAUACACCUGUCAUGAAAUCUGUCCUACAGCUGCAGAAGGCACAGGUCGCACCUAUCAAAACCUUUAAAUUUGCAAAAGAUCAUGAAGACCCAGAGGUUCGGGAAGAGAAGAAGCUUAAGAAGGAAUAUAAGAAGGCCAUGAGAGAUGCUAAACGUGAGCUUAAGAAAGACACAGAGAUGAUUCAGAAAGUCCGAAUGCAAGAGGAAUCAAGCAGAAUUAGAAGAGUUGAUCUCGAACGUAAGAGAGUCAGAAGAAUACUUGAGGAGGAAUCUGCUGAAUUCAAAGCAAUGAGAAGCCAAGAGAUGCAAGGCACUAAAACAACAUUCAAAAGGGAGAAGAAGACAAGAAUGGCUGGUAACAAAAUGGAAGAUAAAUAA